GAUGCCAGUGUUCGUUGGAGAAGGCCUUCUCCACGACACGAUGCGUGUAUAUGAUUGUUGAUGAUGAAGAAUGCCCUUAUGCUAUUUAUGAAUUUGGAAAUGUUUAAUGAGCAAAUGAUAUGAAAGAAACUCAUGCCUCUUAUGCGAUAUUGUGAAAUUGUUAAUGAUGUUAUGUUAUAUGCUUGGCAACUGCCCACUAAGUACUCUUGUACUUAGCCCUUCGAUGUUUAUGUUUGUGUAGGUUGAGCUGUGAUGGGCGAUGAAGUGUUGCUGAAUGGAGUUUUUGUCGAACUUAAAGUAGGCUCAGAAAGGAUACAUGUCUUCAUACAUGUAUCUCAGUUAUGCAUUCCGCUGUAAACACUGAUUAUUUCAGUUACACCUUCCGUUACAAACUCUGAUAAUGUUUUAGCCAAGCCCCUAAAAAUGCCUUUUUCCUUUUAAGGAAUAUAACGCGUAUACAAGUUCUUUGAGUACCCUUUUUAUGCGAACUAUGCCUUUUUCCUUUUUAAGGAAUAUUUCACGCGUAUUCAAGCUCUUUGAGUAUUCUUUUAUGCGCCCCUUUCUAAACCCGCUUCUUAAUUUUCCUUCCCCAGUCAUGGUUUUCCCGGAUUAAUUAUCCUUAAUUAAGGCCGGUCGUGACAGAGUGGUAUCAGAGCAGUUCGUUUGCUCUGAGCCUAAGAGUUUAUUUAAGCCAAACUUUGAAUGGAUCACUAAAGUGUCUAGAGUUCAAUCGACAAAGCUCAGCACUUCAUCGCAUCACACUCAACGAAGCAGAAUGAUAUUCCAAGUUUUGAGUUAAUGUUUACAAAAAGUGAGAAUUAUCGUAAUAGCAAAGUGAGUAACUGUUAAUAGCUAUGUUAUGUUGUUAUUGAAUGAAAUGAUUUACGCAAGCACGAUUAAGUAUGCCUAUGGAAUGAAUCCCUAUGAACGUAGAGCUAUUAAGAUAUGAGAUCACCACUACGACAGAACAUAGAAGCAAACAUAGAAGAAAUUAGAUUGUAUCUUUUGGUGGCUAUAGUGAAGGCAGCAAGAUAAGUGAUGCGUAUAGAAUAAUUUUUAAGCUUAUGAUUUUAUAGCCGCUAUGAAUCUCCAUGACUUAUGCCUAAGUAUCCAAUUUAGAUGAUGUGAUAUUAUAUACUUAAGAAAUUUUUAUGACUCAUGGAUUUGAGAUGCUAAAGACCCUUAGAGCUUACUACAUCAAUGUUGUCAUUGGAGUUAUGACUUGUUUACAAGUUAGAAUAAGUUAACCUGUACAAUAAUUCUUUUGAGGCUUGUAUUAGAUUAUGCUAGAGUGUACUAAUUGGCACAUCUUUGUUACUAGAAUGCCGCCUAAGAGAGGACGCCCUGCGAGAAACAAUAACAAUCUCAGAAACCGUAACGCUGUACCAGAAGAACCACAAGAUGCUCGAGGACAUAACACAUCUCCUCCGCCCCCAACUAGGAGAGUCGAAGAACUCUUUUUAAGGCAGAACCCACCUACGUUUGACGGAACGAGUGAACCGGCUGAAGCUGAGAUUUGGGUGCGUGCAAUGGAACGCAUUUUCAACUUUCUACGUUGUACUGAUAAGGAGCGCCUAUCUUGCGUCUCAUUCCAGCUAACAGGAUCAGCUGACUUCUGGUGGGAAGCACGUCGAAAAAUUCUGACACCUGAGCAAUGGGCAAGUUAUACUUGGGAAGAUUUUAAGACAAGAUUAUAUGAUAAAUAUAUUCCGAAAAGCUAUAGGAAGAAGAAAGAAGCUGAGUUCUACGAGUUGAAGCAAGGAAAGAAAUCUGUGGUUGAAUACGACAAGGAAUUCUGCAACCUGUCGAGGUUUGCUCCACAACAAGUGGACACAGAGGAGAAGAUGGCAGAGAAAUUUUGUGCCGGACUGCGGUACGAAAUUAAGAUGGCUCUAGCAAGCCACGGAGGACUCUCAUACACGGAGUCUCUGAACAGGGCACUUGACGUUGAAGCUGCAAUGCCGUCGGACAAGUCAGCCCCAUUGUUGAUCUCAACGCCAAAUGAUCCACCAGUAGCCUCACAUACUCUCAAAGGGAAGCGCAAGUGGGACAACAACAAAGACAAUAUCAAUCAGACUAAUAAGAAAGUGUGGCAACAAAAAGAACGGGCCGAACAGUUUAUUCAACAAAGGCACGAGGCACAGACUAAUCUCGAGCCAACUGGAGGUAACCAAGGUCAGAGAGGAAUUUCACCUUGCCCAAAUUGCGGUAAGAUGCAUAGGGGUAUCUGUCGGGCUGGAACUAACGGUUGUUACAAUUGUGGCCAAAAAGGUCACUACUCCACGCAAUGCCCCAACAGACAAUGAGGUUCAGCAAUUGGGAACACCCACACCCCUUACCAGCAAUACGUGGACACUUACCAAAUCAGUCUCAAUCACAUCAGUGAAAAUCUUAUGGAGACACCGCAGACAAGAAAAGCUACGUGGGAACUUGAAGACAAGAUGAAGGAAAAAUACCCCGAACUGUUUUAGCAGAGAUAUGCAAAUUUCGGGACGAAAUUUUUGUUAAGAGGGGUAGUAUGUAAUGACCCGCAUUUUUAUUUUAUUUAAUAUGGUAUCGCGAUAAUUAAUAUCGCAUCUUUCAGUAAAUGAAACCCAGUUACCAGUUAUAUAUGAAUUCAGUUUAUAGUCCUGAUUUUUUUUAUCAGAGAUGGAGUAUUAUUUUAGCCGUAUGCUUUAGUAUGCAUGAGAAAAACGCGACGAGGAUUAUUGAGCUAUUCAAUAAUUAUUAUUUUUAAUUGACUUAGCGAAGUCAAGUUAUUUAUUAAUCGAGAAACGGAAGCAGUUAUAUUUUAUUAGUGCUACUAGAAGUCGAGGAUUUAUUCCGACAGCAAAGCAGAUUAAAUCUACGGAUUUAAUUUAAGUUAUAUUAUAGUUUAUCAAGUCAGUAGGCAAGGAAAAAGAUAUCAAACAGAUACAAUAACGGAUGAUAGAGAAUAGAAGCCAGUAUUUUAUUUACAGUUCACAGAUUACAGGCUAGUUCUCAGCUUGGGGAAAAUCGUCUAGUAUAUCAAAAAGAUUUUGUACUCUACGUGGCCACUUACUGCCACUCAAUAAAGUAUUAACAAUCAAAGGAAGAAAAGUCAAUAAAAGAAAAGAAGACAGAGAGAUAUGAAAUGUGUGGGGCUGUGCAAAAUUUGCAGCAGCCUCCAAUCCCCUUCAAUUUCCACUCACUCUUACCUCCCCACCACUACCAUAAAAAUCAUUAAAGUUGAGAGAAAGAAAAUGAGUGUGCUGCCCACCACCCUUGUUCCCCAUCUCUUCAGCCGCCCUCUUUUAAUAUCAACUCCCAUCAACCAACAACUCCUUCUCAUAUAAUCUCUUUUUAAGCUAGCAUUCCUCUCAUUUUCUUCAUUGGCGCAUCGGCAAUCAAACGAAAAGGGAGAUUCAUUGUGCUGCCAGAGUUUCUAUCCAUUGAACUCCAGAGCAACUAACCAAAAACACAAGAACAUUCAAGGUAUUUUUACAUCGGUAUGCUUUCUUCUUUGUUACACGCCUCAUUUCCCAUGAAGCAUAUGAUCAGUUUAUUUGAAAAGCAUAGUAGGAGACGAAUGGUAUAAUCUUUUAUCCAUAUAGAAUCAACAACCCAUGACUUUCACACAAGGCAAAUACAAUGAGAAUUUCUGACGACACAUAGCAAAACCAUGAUGCCUAGUUUCAAUCUAUAGCAUAAACGACAAUAGGAGCCAAAGGUUUAAUUUACGGACUGCACUGAACUAAAAAAAAACCAUAUCUUGCUGCUUUUGCAUUUAAAAAUACUAAGAGUUAGGG